AUGGCCAAUCCCCUUAUCGACCGUAUCCUUGCGAGGUAUCCCGGCACAGCGCGCGACUCGCUGACAUUUCCGCCCGAAUCGGCGGAGUGGGACGAGAAAGAACUAGAGCUUUUCAUCGGCAGCGGUGGAUUCGUAAAGCCCAAGAGGAAGAAGAAGGCCGCCGACGUGGGCCCCGAGGGCCCACGAGCGGACGCUGACGCUGGACGCAGCCAUGCUGGCCUGGAACGGCCUCCGCUUGAGCCCCUGCUGGCCUCGCCGUGGUGGGUGAACAAGCCCAGCCCGAGUGCCAAGGUCCGCCUCUUCUGCGCCCUGGGGAUCGGGAGCGUGGCGUCCACCUACACCCCGUGGAUCUCCAGGCAGACCGCCGACGCCUACCCCUCCGUGGAGGUCUGCGUCGUGGAGUACCCCGGACACGGCACGCACUACGCCCGCGCGUUGGACUCGGUCCAGGCGCUCGCCGAGGCCCUCGCAGAGGAGAUCGUGAGGUGCCACUGCGGGCCAUCGGGCGACGAGCGGCCCUUCGCCCUGUUCGGAUUCUCGAUGGGCGCCAGCGUGGCGUACUGCGUGGCGCAGCGUCUCCGCGGCUGCGCGGGGCUCUACCUCGCGGGCCGCGGCCCCCCCCGCGAUGCGCUCUCGCCCAAAAUCGAAAGCUUGGAGCGCUGGUCGGACCAGGGGGACGCCGAGGGGGCGGCGCGCGUCUUGGUGGAUGACCUGCUCCCGGUGCUCAUGGCGCCCGAGCAGGCGCGGUCCUAUGCCCGGAUCCUGCAGCACCGCCUGUCCAGAGAGGACGGCCGCCAGGAGGUGCUGCGGCAGUCUCGCGCCCUGGUCGCCGACUCGAAGGUCGGCAUGGAGGCGAAUGAGCUUCCGUGCGAUUACCAGGGCCGCAUUCAAUUCUACCACUCGCCCGCCGACGAGAUCUGGCCUCCGAGGGUCGAUGGGCUGUACGACGACUUCCGCGACUUGUGGGCGCCGCAGACCUCCGGGAGCUUUUCCUCGACUGAGCUGGACAGCGUCUCACACGACGAGCUGGGCGGGCCCAGCUCUCCAGUUUUCAGGCUCGUGUGCGAGGAUCUGGCGCGGCUCGUCAGCGCCUCGCGGAGCUAA